ACACCGGUUGAUCGUGUGACCAGACUUGCUUACGAUUAUGCGCGUUCACAACACGCUCAGACGACCACACGCCGCCGGCGUUCCGUCGCUUCUACACACUCGUCCGUACACACGAAAUUCAUCAAUUAGAAGACAAUUAGAAGACGGCGCGAGAAGACCACGCAGCGCGAGCUCGAUUGCCCCGAAUGCAUGGACCGUUCCGUUGUGCGUGACGACUGAAGGUAGCAGCGAAAUAUUUGGCGCCCGUGUAGGCUUGACGCAACUUGACGAGCACUCGCACGAUGUUCAUACCGAUGCUCAUUCUCCGCGCGCGUGUACAGGUUACGCGUGUAUACACCCCGCACCGUGAAAGUGUUUAACGACGUAUUUUUCAUUGACGCACUCGUGAUUUUCGCGACGGUCUCAUUACCGUUCGACAAUAAGCUCGACGAUUGCCGGACCAUAUCGUUGACUCGAUGUAUGAACGAUUCGCGAAUUGCUCUAACUACACAAGAAACAAGGUUAUGAUUAGACGAGCACACAGCACGCUCCGACGUAUGCUGCUGGUUCUCACGUUCCUCCUCGAUGCUCGUUUCGAUGCGGGUUCACCGUUGACGAGAGAGAUGCGGAAAGUCAGUGUGCGAUCUCGCGAUCUCAGUUCUGCACGAGCGUUACCGACGCGACACACAGGCACGGCUGAAGGCUACCGCGGAAGUGAGGGCGUAAUUGCCCUAGCCGUCGCUCGUUCCCCGCGCGAGUGUUUAGGUUACGCACGUAAACACGCUCCGCCCUAGCGAUCUCGCGUGUCGAACGAGUGUCGGCAGUGCCGAAAAAGUGACGUGCGUGCGAAGUAUAUUUUACGUAGAACUCUAUUUUCCGAUGCAACCGGUGUCUGCAUCGCGUUCGCGUUUGGUGUUCGUCCAAAUGACACCGUUUACCAUUAUAUCAAGUACUUUAAUGAACGGGUGUGUGUGAGAGUGUGUUUUUCCGAUUGGUCCGUGUUCCGGUCCGUGUUCAACUC